AGGAGUAAGUUAGCGUAGCGCUGGGUGCUCCGCGUUGUCUGUCGACGGUAGUCAUUCACGUGCGGUGCCUACACCUCUCUAUCUCUCGGUAUAUAUAAACCUGCCUAACGUCGAAGAGGUUGCCCAGUCGCGUUGCGUUUCUCUUAACGGAAUCAAAACUCGAACGGAUUGAAUCGUCGGUCCGUCCGUCCGUUCGUUAGUUUGUCUAUCUAUUUGUCUAUCUAUUUAUCUAUAUAUAUGUAUCUAUUUUAAAAUCAUUUCGAUCGUUCUACGUUCAAUCAUGUAUCAAUGACGUAACGUAAUAAUUAUCGCGAUAUUAUUAUUUGUUAUUAUUGUUAUUUUUAUUGUUGUUUUUGUUCUCUCUCUUUUCUCUUUUUCUUUUUCUUUUUCUUUUUCUCUUCUUUUCUUUUCGUACGAAAUAUUUUCUUUCUCUCUCUCUCUUUCUCUCUUUCUCUCUCUCUGUUUUAUCCUCUCUUGUAUCUAUUUCCGAAUAAAAACGAAAAGAACGACGAAUUUUAUUCUUGAAAUCUCUCGUGACUCUUUUACGAGUAUUUGCCGUGUCGAAGAUAGGAUAAAAGUUUUGAGUAAGAUCGGGUCACGUGAGCUCCACCUAUUACACCUGUUGCAUCGAAACGAAGAUCAAUAAUUUUGUGGUCCUACGAAUAUCGAGAUACUACUGCUGUUAUUGCUACUACUACUACUAUUACUACUACUACUACUGUUGCUGCUGCUGCUACUGCUGCUGCUACUGCUGUUACUGCUGUACUAAUAUUACUACGUUACUAUUACUACGUUUUACUACGACAAAGAACGGUGACUCUGUUACGUCGUAACUGCAUCAACGGUGCUUUCUCUCGUGCGUCAUCGUGAACGAGCGAGAACGUUGCCCCGUUCACAACCCUCAUUUCGAGAGAUCGAUAUCAACGAAAGAAAAAGAAAAAAGGAAAUGCGGAGGAAAAGAUUAUUCGACGGAUUAUCUAACGAUUAAUAAAUCUACGUAUAUCGAUUGAUAUUCGAUUAAUUUAAAUAAAUAAAAUAUAUAUAUAUUCUUCAAUACUUUCAAUCGAUCCCGAUCGAUAGAAUUCAACGAGGAAAAUAAUUUUGAUAUUUCGAUUGAUAGGCAAUUAUUUUAGAGAAGAAAUUUAUUUUCGUAUCUCGCAGCAUCUGUGAUACAUACAACAAACAAUCAUCAUGGGUAAAAUGGAAAAGGAAGCAGAAUCCAACUCGAUGAAGGAUUUUAACAGCAGCACGAAGAUCGCAGCGAUUUCGGUCGGCGAUUACAACGAAAAAGAUGAGUUUUACGAUCCUUUCGAAAACAGAGACAAGAAGCACACCAAUUCCGAUUUAGGUUCGUUGGCUCAUCUUUUGAAAUCUUCGCUUGGUACCGGCAUUUUGGCCAUGCCUAAUGCCAUAAGAAACGGAGGUUUGAUAAUCGGUGGAUUAGGGACGAUAAUCAUCGGUAUGAUAUGUGCUCAUUGCGUUCACAUAUUGGUACGUUCGUCUCAUAUACUCUGCAAACGUACGAAAACACCAAAGAUGACUUAUGCUGAGACAGCCUAUGCUGCUUUUCUCUGUGGACCUAAAAUUUUAAAACCUUGGGCUAAUGCAAGUAAAAUAUUUGUAAACACGGCACUUUGCGCGACCUACAUUGGUGGUGCAUGCGUUUACAUCGUAUUCAUUGCUACAACGAUCCAUCAGAUUGCCGAGUAUUAUAACGGGCACAAUACAAUAAACAAAGGUUCUUUGAUGCUAGCAUUGAUACCAGCAGUGAUUUUAUUAGGACAAAUACGAAAUUUGAAAUACAUGGUACCAUUUUCAAUGGUGGCGAACGUCAGCAUGAUGGUUGGUUUCUCGGUUACGUUAUAUUAUAUUUUCAAAGACCUUCAACCUAUUCAAAACGUCAACAUGUUUUCGGAAACGGAACAAUUACCAAUUUUCUUCGCUACUGUUGUAUUUGCCAUUGAAGGAAUCGGUGUGGUAAUGCCAGUGGAGAACAGUAUGAAAACGCCACAACAUUUUCUCGGCUGUCCUGGUGUACUCAAUAUAACUAUGACAAUCGUUGUCAGUCUUUAUGCGAUGAUAGGUAUAUUCGGCUAUCUAGCAUAUGGAGAGAAUACAAAGGCAACGGUCACGUUAAAUAUACCAGUUCAGGACAUUUUGGGACAAGUGGUGAAACUUUUGAUCGGAUUGGCUGUACUGUUCACAUACGGAUUACAAUUAUUCGUACCGUUGGAUAUUAUGUGGAAUGCAAUUAGAACGAAAUUCAGUCACAAGUACGAAGCCGUUGGUGAAACGACUUUGAGGGCUGUCAUCGUUUUAUUGACAGUCGGUGUAGCUGUAGGCGUGCAAGAAUUAGAGCCAUUCAUUUCUCUGGUAGGUGCAAUAUUUUUUUCCAUUCUCGGCAUCAGCAUACCCGUUACGGUCGAGACAAUUUCAUGCUGGGACGGACAUUUGGGUACCUUCAAGUGGAGACUUAUUAAAAAUACUAUAUUACUUAUUUUCUCAAUGAUGGCAUUGGUAUUUGGUUCGUGGAUAUCGAUAAAAGAUAUCAUCAAAGCCUAUAAUAAGAAGUAAUUUACAACUAUUGCAAUAGCAAUAAUUUUUGUUAUUUUUUUUCUUUUUGUUUUUAUUUCUUUUUUUUUUUCUUUUUCUUUUUCUUUUUCUUUUUUAUGCGACAUUACUUGCCAUAUAUCUAUAAUGUAUUUCGUAUGAGGAUAAUACGAAAAAGAGAUAACAAAGUAAACACGUCUAGUUUGGAAGCGAUGAUAAAAGAAAAAAAAUAAAAAAAAGGAAGGACAAAAAAGAAACGAUAAUGUGCGAUUAUGCGUACAUAGAAUUCGUUAUUUGUAAUUUUGCGUGCGUCACGCAAUAAAUAAUUCGUUAGUUAUUUCUAACUUUGAGUUAGAGAAAUAAUUCUCGAAUGAAAUGGGACUUAAAAAUUUAUAAUAAUAUUGUAAUCAUUUUUUUGUUUUGUUUCUUUUUUGUGUAGAUAUGUACAUUUUAUAUAUUUCGCAUAUACACACACACACAGACACACACAGACACAUAUAUAUAUAUGUUUAUUAAUAAUAUUAUAGAUAUGCAGAUUUAGCUUGAAAAUUAAUUGGAAAUAUUUUUGAAAUCGUAUAUCUAAUUGAAAAUUCUUUCUUUGUUUGCUUUCUUUUUCUUUUUUUUUUUUUUUUUUUUUCUUUACGAUCGAUUUCUACUUUAAUAUCGUACCAUUUUAGAUUACGUUAAGUCUGCAUUUCGUAUUAAUUUAAAAAUCAAUAAUUCUUUUUUCGUGUGAAUUUUAAUUUAAAAAAAAAAUGUACAUAUAUAGGCAUAACAGUGUUGCUGAGCAAUAUUUAAUUUAAUUAACGAUUUAUGAUUGCAAUUUAAAAAAAUAUUUCAUUAUCUAUAUUAAUUAACUAUUCAAUUUUAAUUAAUUGAAUUCUCAUUUAAGAAUGAUUUGUCAUUUUUUGACAAUUACGACGUGUAUAAGGAAUAAUUCGCCAAUGUGCGAAUUUAACUCAUUCGCGAGAUACACAGCAAAAUGAUAUUUUAAUUCAAAUGUUCUAAAAUCGAAAUAAGAAUUUUCAUUGUUAAUUAAUUAAUUUUAAUGAUGAUUAAAUGACUAAUUUAAUCGUGUCGUACGAUUAAGAUUGCCAUAAAUCAAAAUGAUAAUUAAAUACGAUAUUUCAAUUGCUUUCGUAUAUUGAAUAAUCGUAUAUCGCCUUAAUAACGCAUAUUAUAUAUCAUUUAAAUGUAAAUAGUUUAUUAUGUAACACCAUUCGCGCAUUUAUAUAAGAGCGUUAUUCGUAAACGACGAUGUUUACGUUUAUAAAUAUCUUUUUAUAAACGUACAAACAGAUAGGAUAUUUCAAUCUAAAAAAAAAAAAAAAGGCUAAAACCUUAAAAAAAAAACAAAUAAAAAAAAAAGGAAAGAAAAAAGAAAAAAAGGAAAACAAAGAAAAAAAAAAUAGAAAAAAGAACAAUGGCGAUAACAAAAAAUAGUAGAUCGAAAAUUCCAAAAUCUGUCGAUUAAUUAUUUCUUUCUUUUUCUCUAUAUAUAUUUUCGAAUGUUAUUCGAAUAUUUAUUUAGAACGUACGUGUGUUCUAGGAGUUAAAUAUUGUUCGUGUGUAUCCGAGAGUACCAAAGUCGGAUUAAUUUUUUUCAUCGGAUCGAUCGAUCGUAUUUUCCUUCUUGGUAUCGGUAAUUUGUAGCAUAAUAAAAUCAAUAGAAGUAGACAUAUGCCGAUAACUAAUGGGAGCCAUUGCAAAAUCAAUAUAACACUUCUAAUUCUAUAAAUCAUGAACAUUAAAUCGAAAUUCUUCUUAUCCUCGGUUGUACCCUGUAACAAAAUAAUUUAUAAUCUAUCAUAGAUCGAAAAUAUGUUUAUUUUUUUCUUUUUUUCUUUUUUUUUUGGUUACUUUACUUUUUCUCUAUCUUAUUUUUCUUUUUUCUUUUUCUUUUUCUUCUUCUUUUUUUUUUGUUCAAGUAUUUUCAAUUACUCAGAUUUAUCGUUAGAUCUGUAACGGUUUAGUCCUAAUUAUAUUGUAAUUGAUUAUAAUUUUUCUAUGUUUGUAACUUUUACGAGUUCCUGGUAUUAAUUAUUUGAGUGAAAGAGUAUUAUUAUAUAUGUAAUAUACAUAUAUAUAUAUAUAUAAAAUUUUAUGCGAUAUAAAUUAUAUGUAAUAUAUAAUUAAACACACACAUGUAUGUACACACACACACAUAUAUAUAUAUAUAUUUAGUAUUAUAAUUUUAUAAAUGAUCUAUAAGAAGGAAGGUAUUCCUCCUUCUAAUAGAUCGAAGAGAUAAAACAAAGUUGAAUUAUCACCAUCAUCAUUGUUGUUAUUAUUAUAAAUAAUUAUCAAACCUCGCUUAUCCAAAUAAUCGGAAAGUAACCCUCGGUGACGUUGGCGAGCAAUUCGAUCGGUUGCGGUGAUAUCUUCAUAUUAAUUUGCAUUUUUUUAUAACCAUAAACAGGUUUACCAGUAAGCGUGUCGAUCAAUAUAGAACUCGAAUGAAUUUCCUCUUGGGGAUUCAAAUCCGGCACGUAGUUUAAAAUUUUCGGAUCGGCGUGAAGAAAAUGAGGCUCGGAUAAUAACAUAGGCACUUUCUGUGAAAAAAAGGAGAGACAAAAAAGUAAUAAAAGAUAACAAAACAAAAAAUCACGAUUAAAAUAUUGAAAAAAUAAAUAAAUAAAUAAAUAAAGUAUGGUACCUAAUAGUAGGGAUAUUUUUUAUAUGGAAAAAAAAAAUUGUACAAGAAUUCAUCGUUACAUUGAUUCGUUUUGAAAAAAUUGAAAAUAAUAAUAAUAAAAAAAUAUAUAUAUGUAUAAAUAUAUAUUAUAAUAAUUUACUUCGA